AUGGUGGACACCAGGGUGCAGUACGGCGGGGGUGGAUCUGGGGUGGUGAUGUCGGUGGAGGGCCGAUUCAAGGUCGAUGAAGUAUUCGAUAGGGCUGAGACGGUUAGCGGCGACGCCAAACGGGUUGAUAUGUUGAGUGUGUGGAGUGGAAAUAGGAUCGAACGAAAGGCGCAUCCAUCUGAAAUCUCAUGGAUCUUUGACAAUCAAUCUGUCAAGAUAUGGUUGGCUGGAGAUAUUUUUCUAGAAGGUUACACUCAUUACAAAAUUAAAUGCUUUUUCUUCACGCAGACACGUGUACUGCUUGUCAUAUGUGCCUGUAUGACACGUUUCCGGGCUCAAACAUUGCCAUGUGAUGUGGGCCCCGUUUUUACCUUUCUGCGAGUAUGGUCCGAAUGA